CCAAUAUUUUGGCGGGCUGUUCAUGUAUCCGGGUUUGACUUCUAUGCAAUAUUCUUAAUUUCAAAACCAUGAAUCUGAUAGAAAAGAACCCGGAGGUGAAGCUGUCUUGGGAAAUUCUUGAGACUUUAAUGUCACGUCAACAUGCCCAUGUGAAUUAUUUAUUCAUGGAUGAGACUGACUCGAUAAAAUGGAACAAUGAUUUUAGAAGCACAGGAAUGGUACCGAUGUGUUUCAACAAAAUGAAUGAAAAAUUCAUCAAUGGUACUUAUCGAGGUAUUCGAGAGUUUGUCUGUGAUUUCCGUUUAAUGCUGUUAAAUUGUUAUCGUACUCAUGGGAUUUCAUCACGUGCUGGACGUUGUGCUGAAAAAUUGGAAUUAUUAUUUGAACAAAAACUUCAACUGUUAUCCCCUGAAAUUCGUAAUAAAGCAUCUAUACAGUCAACCCUUGGAUUCGGUACUGCUGAAGAUGAAUUACUCGAUUGCGGUAUAACACGUCGUCGAAGUUCUGGACGUCUUUUUCUCUCCGGUGAUUCACGUCAAUUAACACCGAUACGUGCUAUCAUGGAGGAAUUAGAGCAUGUUACACAUCCUGGUUCUGGUACCGGUGGUAUAACCGCUUCAUUAAUCUCAAAUACUAUCGAUUCAUCCACGUCAGCGUCAUCAUCUGGCCAACAGACAUCAGCUAUCAGUAGUACAUUGAGUACUGAAGAGAAUAUUGCCAUUUUAGUGGCUAGACUAAGUUUAUGGCAACGUCGAAGACAUGAAGAAGAAUUACUGGACACAUGGAAUAGCUGGUGGGUUGAAAAUAAUGGACCGAAAAUGCAAGAGAUAUUAUUCAAUGCUCCUGAGCUUUUAGAAGCUUAUCAAUUCUUAUGGUUGGCUGAUCCAUUCUUGGGUAUAAGUGAUUGUAUAACCAUAUACAAUAAUAAUCAUAAUAAUCAUAAUAAUCUCGCAGUCAAUUCAAUUCAAUCCACUACUACAACGCAUACACGUAGCCUGUCAUUAUUCGACUUAGAAAUCGGAUUGUGUACAGCACCAUGCGCUAGUCUAGUACUCAAUGUAUGCAUGAGUAAUCUAUUGGCAACACCAAAGGAGAGGAAUCAAAUUGUCAAUGUGUUGAGCAAUACUACCACUACUGCUACUAAUACUAAUAGUGCUAAUAACAAUAGUAAUAGUAAUCUUAGUGUUGGAGCAAACUCCAAUACAACAAUAGAUUAUUCUACUUCAGCAGCAAGACGUUCCCGUCAGCUGAUGUCCAAUACAACUACACUUCCACCACUUGAUUAUGAUAUAUGGGAACGUCGACUGUCAGCACGAGUUGAUUCAUGGUAUCGAUCAUUUUGGGAUAAAGGUAAAGGUGUUGUUGAAUGGGCAACAUAUCGAUUAGGAUUACCGAAAGCUUUCUUUGAUGUGUGUGGUUACAAGUCGAAUCCGUUAGAUGAAAAACGCUUCCAUGAAUUGUCAAUCUAUCAACAAGUUAUGCUAAUCUGUGCUCUAUGCGAAUCAAC